UCCCCAGCCCGGUCUCCAGCAGCACCGCGCGCGAGCGCGCCGCCUCCGCACCGCACCGCCGGGCCAUCUGCCUUUUUAGCCUCUUUGUAAGGCCGGUUCUUUGCUCAUUCGUUCAGCAGCCAGGAAAAAAAAAUUAUAUAUAUAUAUAUAUAUAUAGUAAUAAUAAAAGAAAGAAACUCGCCGUUGGCGCUUCGGCCUCUUGUUCAUUGAGAAAAAGAGAGAGGAGAGGAAAUACUCCGCGUGCGCUUCUGGAACGGGGGUCGUCUCUAAGCCCCGAAUCCCGGAGUGUUCCACCAGGAGUUUGGCUCUGAAUCCCCUCACACCCCCCCCCUACACACACACAUCCCCGCGGCCUUUUUUUUUUUCUUUUUUUUUUUUAAACUCCACUUCGCCGAUCGCUCGCAAGUCGGACCGAAGCAAGAGUUUGGAAAAGCAAGAAAAGGGAAAAACUUUGCAUCGGCUCUUGGAUUUAUUUGCACAUCGCAAGAAGAAGAAGAGAAUCCAAAAAGGAGAGAGGGGUUGGUGCAAAGCCGCGACCACGGAGUUCAGAUGUGUUCUAAGCCUGCUGGAGUGAACACACUGCCAAGACCUGAUGGAGGCCAGAGCUCAGAGUGGCAACGGGUCGCAGCCUUUGCUGCAGGCGCCCCAUGACAGUGGCAGGCAGCGUGGUGAGCCAGACCCCAGAGAUGCCCUCGCCCAGCAGGUACAUGUGUUAUCUCUGGAUCAGAUCAGAGCCAUCCGAAACACCAAUGAGUACACUGAGGGACCUACUGUGCUCCCGAGACCUGGGCUCAAGACUGCUCCUCGCCCCUCCAGCCAGCACAAGCAUGAGAGACUCCACAGUCUGCCAGAGCACCGGCAACCCCCCAGGCCUCAGCACCCACAGGUCCAUUCUUCUACAAGGGCCCCUCUGUCCAGGUCCAUCAGCAUGGUCAGCUCAGGGUCACGGAGCAGUCCAAGGACAAGUACCAGCAGCAGUUCCUCGGAACAGAGGUUGUUAGGACCAUCCUUCUCCCCUGGGCUCGUUGCUGAUGGCAUAAUCCGGGUGCAGCCUAAGUCGGAGCUCAAGCCGGGUGAGCUGAAACCACUGAGCAAGGAAGACUUGGGUCUGCACGCCUACCGGUGCGAGGACUGCGGCAAGUGCAAGUGUAAGGAGUGCACCUACCCGAGGCCACUGCCAUCAGACUGGAUCUGUGACAAGCAGUGCCUUUGCUCGGCCCAGAACGUCAUUGACUAUGGGACUUGUGUGUGCUGUGUGAAAGGCGUCUUCUACCACUGCUCCAACGACGAUGAGGACAACUGUGCUGACAACCCCUGUUCCUGCAGCCAGUCUCACUGUUGUACACGAUGGUCCGCCAUGGGUGUCAUGUCCCUCUUUUUGCCUUGUUUAUGGUGUUACCUUCCAGCCAAGGGUUGCCUUAAAUUGUGCCAGGGGUGUUAUGACCGGGUGAAUAGGCCUGGGUGCCGUUGUAAAAACUCUAACACAGUUUGCUGCAAGGUUCCCACUGUCCCCCCCAGGAACUUUGAGAAACCAUCAUAGCAUUAUUAAUCAGGAAUAGUACAGUAAUAAGGAUUGUGUUCCUUUUUUUUUUUUUUAUUUUUAACACACAUAUGCAACCAACUAAACAGUUGUAAUCUUGGCACUGUUAAUAGAGGGUUGGGGUAAAUUUGCUGUUUGCAGUGAGAUGCUUUUAUUGUCCGUGUGCCAUUUUAACUGAUGUGCUUGUUAGAACUCAGCUAAUGGAGCAGAGGAAGGGAGACAAAACUUGGGAGACCCAUAUAUUGCAUAAGCUAAAGCAACAAGACACUCCUAGGCGAACUUCUUUUGUUGUUGUUUGUGAAUAGUUCUUGCAAAAUUUGUAAAUUAGUAAAUGACAUUUUUCCAUUGUUUUCUCCAGAGAUAAUGUGCUAUAUUUUUGUAUAUACAAUAAUAUUUGCAACUGUGAAAAACAUACGGCCUGGCACGGUCACACAAUAUUAUACUAAUAUGUUGUACAUUCGGAAGAAUGUGAAUCAAUCAUUAUGUUUUUUAGAUUGUAUUUUGCCUUACAAGAAGCCUUUAUUGUAAGACUGAUUUCCCUUUGGACUUCAUGUAUAUUGUACAGUUACAGUAAAAUUCAACCUUUAUUUUCUAAUUUUUUUCAACAUAUUGUUUAGUGUAAAGAAUAUUUAUUUGAAGUUUUAUUAUUUUAUAAAAAAGAAUAUUUAUUUUAAGAGGCAUCUUAUAAAUUUUGCCCCUUUUAUGAGGACAUGAUAGUUGCUGCAAAUGAGGGGGUUACAGAUGCAUAUGUUCAAUAUAAAAUAGAAAAUAUAUUAACGUUUGAAAUUAAACAGCUUGUUUUAUCUUCUU